AUGGAGUUCCCGGACGAGCUGCUGCUGGCCGAGCUGCAGCUCCUCAACGACUCGCUCUUCCACAACAACUUCAGCGGCGCCUACAACGACACGGACGUGCUGCUGCCGACGGGGGUGAGGGUCACCAUCGUGGUGGUCUACAUGAUCGUGUGCGUCAUCGGCCUGGUGGGGAACUUCCUGGUCAUGUACGUCAUCAUAAGAUACACCAAGAUGAAAACGGCAACUAACAUCUACAUCUUCAACCUGGCUCUGGCCGACUCGCUGUUCCUGGCCACGCUACCCUUCCAGGGCACUGACGUGUUUCUGGGCUUCUGGCCGUUCGGGAACACCCUGUGCAAGACGGUGGUGUCCAUCGACUACUACAACAUGUUCACCAGCACCUUUACCCUGACGGUGAUGAGCAUGGACAGAUACGUGGCCGUCUGCCACCCCGUCAAGGCGCUGGACAUGCGGACUCCUCACAAGGCCAAGGUGGUGAAUAUCUGUGUGUGGGUGCUGGCGUCUGCCUUUGGUGUUCCUGCGAUGGUUCUGGGAAAUGUCGAGGAGGACGACGAGCACAACACUGUGGAGUGCAUCGUGUUGCUGCCCGAACCCCGGAAACACUGGGAGCCCGUCUUCGGCACCUGUGUGUUCCUCUUCUCGUUCCUCAUCCCGGUGGCCAUCAUCAGCAUCUGCUACAGCCUCAUGGUCAAACGCCUGCGCAGCGUCCGCAUCCUGUCCGGCUCCAAAGAGAAGGACCGGAACCUGCGGCGCAUCACCCGCAUGGUCCUGGUGGUGGUGGCGGCCUUCGUGGUGUGCUGGACCCCCAUCCAGAUCAUGGUCCUGGCUCAGUCGCUGGACAUCAACCUGAGCAGCCUGUUCACGCUGGUGCUGAUGCACUUCUGCAUCGCUCUGGGUUACGUCAACAGCAGCCUCAACCCGGUGCUCUACGCCUUCCUGGACGAAAACUUCAAGCGCUGCUUCCGAGAGUUCUGCCACCCGUCGCCGUUCCGCCUGGACACCCAGCAGUCGGGCAGGAUGAGGAGCAUCGCCAGGGACGUGGCGGCCGCCUACGGCUGCAAGGCCGGAGACGGCGGCGGGCACGGAGGAGGGACGCCUAAUCCGGCAUGACUAGGCGUGGAGCUCCCUCUGGUGGGGGUGGACCCCCCGCAGAGGGGAGACACGCCAGGGACCGGGAACUCCAACACAGAGCUGACUCAGAUCACAGCUCUCUAGCGGCACGAGCCCUCCCGCCCCCCAACAAGAAGACUGGCCUGGGGCGGGGGGGACGGAGACGAAGGAGACGGGAUCGAAAGGAAAAGAAUCUAGGAA